AUGAGAGGAAUAUAUCAAUGCUAUCUUGUUUUUAUUGUGUGUCUGAUUCUCCUGCAUUUUCUCUACUUAAUCCUGCAGGAGAGCAUAAAACCUGAUGAUUACAGAGUGACGAAGAGUGUGCCAAAGUACAUAUUGAUGUACGAAGUGCCGCCGUGGAUGAAGAUUCUUCCUAUUGUGAAUUUGGACGUUGAAUGUGUUGUGACGUCGGAUAAGAAUUAUUUCCCGGACUUGAGGAAAUUCGACGCGGUGGUUUUCAGUGGAUCCAAACCGUGGUCAGCUGAUGAGAUCUUCCCGAGUGUGCGAUCGCCGCAUCAGUACUACGUUUUGGCGGAACAUGAGAGUCCUUUCUUUGCCAUGCACAAGUUUUCCGUUGACAUCUCAAAGUACAACUUAACCAUGACGCAUCGCAGGGAUUCGGACAUUUACUGGCCCUACGGCUUCAUCAGCAAUCAGAGCAUUGAUUACGUGAGUGAACUCGUGGCGCCGCUGUGGAAGACUCCAAAGACUGCCGCGUGGUUCGUCUCGAACUGCAACGCUCGAUCGAAGCGUAACGAAGUCGUGUCAUCAUUGCAGCAACACGUAGACAUUGACGUCUAUGGCAAAUGUGGCACUCUAAAAUGUGAAAGAACGGACGAACAGCAGUGUUACAAACUAGUGGAAGAGGAAUAUUUCUUCUAUUUUUCGUUUGAGAAUUCACUCUGCAAAGAUUACUUGACGGAGAAAGUGUUCAACAUCAUGAAAUACUUCGUUGUUCCGGUGGUUUUCGGCGGUGCAAACUAUUCACACUUUCUUCCUCCUCAAUCUUACAUUGACGCCAAUGAUUUCGCCACUGCGAAAGACUUAGCGAACUUCCUAAGAAAUCUGGCCAACAAUCCUGAAGAAUACAUCAAGUAUUUCUGGUGGAAAUCACACUACAAAACCUUGUCGACUAGAAUAACAUUGAAUAAUCUGUGCAAGAAGCUUCACGAAUUCACUUCUGAUGUGAAUGAAGGACAAUUUGUCAGGAUUUAUAAGAAUAUCAGUUCAUGGUUGAAUGAUAAUCAAUAUUGCUUAAGAGUUGAGAGACUCAAGGGGGGAUAA